CAUUAAGCAUAACCUCAAAAUAAAACAAAAAAUGGAUGAUAAUUUUGAUAUUGAAUGUUCCGAUGAAGAGUUUAAAGAUAUUAAAGGCCCAUGGGAACCUGCUCCGGAAGAAGUUGACAGGAUUUACACUUUAUUGGACAAUGGCGAAAUACCCGAGUUGAGUUGGAAAUGUCCUGGAUAUAAUUCUCCUUCCCCUGAAGCUACUGAAGAGCCUGAGGAAGAAAACGACUUUAAACAGGAAGAGGAAAAAACAGAUUUUGAUUUUAUGGAUGAAAUGAGCUUGCCAAAGUUAAAAAUAAGGAAUAAAGGGGAAGAAAGACUUAAAGGAAGUGCCAAAAAGAAAACAACGUCACUGGAUGGCGUCAUUAAUAAUAUGAGAAGACAUAAUUUGCUUCCCACCUCCAAGAAGAAAGAUAGCAACACAAAAUUAUGACAUAAACACAAAUCUUGUUUCAAGUUAUAAGUAUUAAUGGAAUAAAAUAUUUUUUAUA